AUGGACUUUGUUGCGGGAUGUAUCGGAGGUAAGUCACUGACAGCUGCACGUUUAUCUUGUAAUAUGAUCGAUGAUAACAGCUGCCAAACAGCCUUCACUCCUAGAGAUUUUACAACACAAUGCAGCUAUGUUCUCAGUCAGGUAUAAUCGAGAUUCAAGAAAACAAAAGAAAGAUCAAACACCACUUUCAAAGAUGUGAUGCAAUUUGAUCACCAGAUUACAAGCGCAUUUUCUCUUUCCCACCGCUUGUUGGCACACUGAAUCCAAACCUACCAUUCAGCCAAAUACCCCUCAUUGUUGCAUGUGAUGGACCUUGACUGUAAAGCUCCUGCAGGAAGUUUUUAGCUGUUAAUGAAACAGACAGAACAGAAAAUAUCAGAAGAGAACAUCAGCAGGAAUAGUGUUUAAGUUAUUCAUAUUGUUUGAAACCUCUGGCAACACCAGGUUAUAAUCUAUUCCUCUUUUUUUUUUCAUUGUUGCGCUGCAAAGAUUUAAAAGCAGGAUGAGAUCAUUUGUAAAGAAAUGCUAGCUGCACAUAAUUUUUAAAGACGGGUUAUUCGUCAGGGCGUGCCAAAUGACACAAGAAGGGGCAUUAAGGUUGCUCAAUUAUUGCAGAAAUUAUCACCAUGGUUAUUUUGAUUCUCUUCUAAAACCCAUAAUUGAAUAAAAUAACAACGAAUAAUGAUGAAAUAAAAUAAAAACUAAUAAUAGAAUAAAAUAAAAGCUAAUAAUAAUAAAAUAAAAUAAAAACUACUAAUAAUUGAAUUGAAUAAAAUAAAAACUACUAAUAAAUGAAUAAGAUAAAAACUAAUAAAAGAGUGAAAUAAAAACCAAUAAUAGAAUAAAAUAAAAACCCUUAUUAGUAAUAAUUAAUAAUUGUAUAAGUAACAAUUAUAAUAAUUGAUCAAUAUUGACUCUGGUUAUGAAAAUGAUUAUUCACAAUUUGACAACACCUCCAUCCAGUGCAUGUAUUCAACUCAAACACUCUUUAAACUCUUAAAGCUCCUCUGAAGAAUUGAAAGUAAAACAUUUUUGGACACAGACCUCAUCCUGAUAGUGAAAGUAUCACUCUGAAAAAAAACCCUUUUUGAUUUUCCCAUGGUAAGCACAUACACACACACACACACACACAACCUGCUGUUUAUUGUCUGGUCAGACACUUCCCCUCUCUCAGUGGUUUGAGGCCUUAAAAAAAUUACUGCAGAGAAAUCAUUAGUCAUGUUGUUGAUGGUCUUGUUUGCUUUUAAAGGUCAUAAAGAGGCAUCACUAACAGUUUCAGUCUUUCCCACCCAGUUAAAGCUCUUUAAACAUUCUGAACACCAAACAAACAAAAACAACAUAGAUGAACAUGAUUAAUGUACAUUUUAGUCAAUAAAAGCCUGUAUAUGUGUCUUGCUAAAUUGAACUUGAACUUGAACUUGUAGUGGAGCACUUUAGGGGUAUUACUGUACUUAAAUUUACCAAAGGCUGAAGAUUUAACCUUUCAUUCAGACCUUUCAGUUUUAAUCUAUAUAAUUUUAAGACCCAGGCAUAUAUUUUAACAUGACACAGACCAAUUAAACCCACACUUUUCGGCCUAGAAAUCAGUUAUGAUAACAGGGAAUGUUUUAUCUUUAUUAGUUUAAUUUUAUAGUGGUGGUAAGCCUUAGUCAUGUUUGAAAUUGACAUUUGAUUAAUCCCUAAGUGCUUCUGUUCUGCGUAAUAGCUGAAAGCUGAAAGAGAAACAGUCCUGAGAAAAUAUCUGUUAUAAUUUCUCCUUGUCUUCAACUAGAAUUGACUAUAUUUGAAGGCACGACAACCAACCAGACUUCUCUAAUAGUCUGGGUGCCCUGUUUACGUUCCACAUGUUUAUGUCUGAUUCAGAUUUGUGCACACUCAUAAAUUGUGCACCAAUCUGCUGGUGACACUGGAACACCCUUCUCAGAACUCAGAGUGUCCUGACAACAGCCAAGUGCAACCUGAGCCUCCCAGCAAAGACGGCUCGACUGUUUUAAGUUUCCACACACAGCAGAGGACAUGAAUCAGUGCACUCCCCCUCGCAGACCAAUCCCAGGCAUUUCUCGACAGCGAAGGACAGAGCAGUUCCGUGUGGUUCCUCUUUCCUCUCAGUGUGUGGAUGAUUUCGGGGAACCUUCAUCAGUGAAAUGAAAACAUGUUGUUAACCUAGAUCUGGAAAGGAGAUCAUGAAAGUGAAAACAUUUUUGUAACUAGAGAAGUAAACACUCGAGCUUUCAUUCUCAAGAUGAAUAGGUGCUCAGAGGAAUUUUUUAAUAACAGCUAUGAUGCAACAUACUCCACUGUUUGCAUUUCCCGUCCUCAUGCCAGUGCACUGAGGUCAAUGACCACUCAUUAUUGUGUCAAGCGCACGCAUGCUUGUGUUCUUUGGCUCACAGCUAGGGCUCAUUCCUGAUUGGUUCUUUUUACAAAUAGGUCAGUUGACACGACAGGUGCUUAUGUAGGAUUAGCUGUCUAUGGUUUGUUUACUGUUUGGAGGUAGGUGGACAGGUCACUUCAGAUAGUUUUUUCUCAAUUAUAUUUAAAUUUUGGACCUUUAGACUGAGAAACUCUCUUCUAACAUUACUUCCUAAUUUAAGGAAGCAAAUUAAGAAAUGAAUAUUUAAUAAUGUAAGGGACCAGACUCAGUUAUUGAACAGUUUGACCAGGAUAAGCAUUAAACCAAAAGAUCAGACCUCUGUAUGAUAGCUGGGAAUUGCAGGAAUGUAAAAUAUUUAAAAUGCAACUUAUCGAGCUUUUUAUAUGAAACUUUUAUGUGAGUCCAUUAUGUCAAGUUCAAAUAUAUGAAGUCAUAUAUCAGGUUAAUUUUCUCUGUUUUUUGCCACUGGUGUUCAUGUUUAGUCCAGGUCAAGGUUAUAAUAGUUUGGGAUUUGUCAUUAUAGUUUAGUUUUAUGGGACACUGCCGCCUCCUCCCAACUUUAGCGGUUUUUUCCAAGUUGUUCCAACAACACAAGCUCCGUCACAGCACAGCGCACAGCCAGUCAGUGCAGUGAACAAGCACGUCCCAUUACAUCGCUCUGAUGGUGCCGUACGGCGCUGACAACUGCCGAAAACUGUCAUAAAAUUGGUGGGGAAAAUGUGUCGGAUUAAUUUAAAUCCUAAAGGCUAAUAAAUAUUGUAAAAAACGAUAACGAAGGACAUUUUGUCUAUAAUUUUAGUUAGUUUCAGUUAGUUUUGCGAACACGAGUUUUAGUUUACUAAUCGUUUUUUUCUUUUCAAUUUUUUAUUAGUUUGAGUUAACUGCAAUGUAUUAUAAAUUUUAGUUUUGUUUUAGUUAACUGUUAUAACCUUUGUCCAGGUACUAUUAUCAAGUUUCAACAUAGACUCAGGUGUGAAGCCCAAACUGGAACCAGAACAUGGGCCUUUACUCCACAAGGCUUGGUUAUGUAACUUCCAAAGGAAUGCUAAAGCAAGUUUUAAGGGGUGAUGAUAGCCAGUGAGUUGGCUCUGGCUCAAUAAGUCAGUGUUACCCCGGAGGAGAUGGCAGCAUAUUCUUAAAUUACACAACAGCGCCAGGAGGAGCCAGAGCUGUGGCCAUCAGAGACCGAUCCAGCUGGCCUCGAAAUGUUUAGACAGGCCUGAGGUGUCAUUGGCUCAGAGAAAAAAAGUGGAGUGUACCAAAGCUAUGAGGGUAAUGAAAAGUCAGCAGAGAUCCAGACUGACUCAGAGUUAAAACACGUCCAUAACAGAGACAGGCGGGAAUGUGAGAAUGCAGAGUUUGCAUUUAGUUCAACAGCCGAAACACAGAGAAACAGAUGCCAACAUAACUGGCAUGAAUGCCUUAAAGUCUCUGUAUUUAAUUUUGCAAGCAUGAGAAAAGAGACAACAAAACAAGAAAUCAUGUUGUGUUAUAUUUAGAUUAAAAUAGACAACUUUGUGAAAUCUUUUAAACCAAAUCUGAGUCAACGCUGCUUGUAGUUUGCGUGUAACGAAAAGGGGAAGAUCUGGUCAUAACGACUCAUCUCUGUUGUUUCCUUUGUCUUCAGGUGCUGCUGGAGUCUUGGUCGGACACCCUUUUGACACAGUUAAGGUGGGCAAAAGUCAACAUGUGUUUUUUUCCUACUUAAGUAGGUCAUUUAACAACCCUAUAGCUGUUGUGCAAGGUGUGGGCCCAGUUUCCUUCUGCGGCUCUGAAGAAAACACCCAGAAAAAGAGAAGAAUCGUAUUAUUAAGUGCUUUAGUUCCACGUCAUGGCUGUACUUCCACCUUUGACUGACUCUGUGUAUCCCUCUGUGUAAUGAAUGAUUAUUAAAUAUUAUUAAUGACAAUAAAGAAACUGAUCAGUUUGCCCCUUAUUUAUUUUAUUUUUUUGUAGGUGAGACUGCAGGUCCAAAAUGUUGAUAAGCCUUUGUAUCGAGGGACCUAUCACUGCUUCCAGUCCAUCAUACGGCAGGAGUCGGUAUGUUGAUUUAAUUUCCCAUACAAUUCGAAUGUAAUAUACUGUAUUUAUGUAACAAGUGCACUGAUACAAGUUAGGAUUUUCACUGAUCAUUAAAAAGUCUGAAGUAAUAGUGAGUCUUCAGUGUGGUCUCCCCUCAUCAUAUCUAGUAUCGUCAUGGUUUUAGGUGUUUUUCUGUUUUUACCUCGAGCUAAAGUUAAGUAUGAAAGAAUCGGGAUCAGUGGUAUACAUUUUAAUGAGUCAGGUUUGAUUACCUGCAGCCAGCUAUAGACUUCAGAGUGCACUGCAUGGCAGAGAGUCAUGUGACAACAGAGCAGGUGAUCCAACAACUGCUUCACAGAACAAUACACUAUCAAUGACAUUUAAACUUACCGCUUAAAGGCAACGAGCUUACCACAAGCUUACUUAUUACAUUUGCUGAAGGAGUGGUGGAAAGUUACAAAGUCUAGUCUUAGUACAUGUUUCAAGUCGUCUUUCAUUUUCCGCCUCUUUUGUUCUUAACUUCUUCGUCUAAACUUCAUCUCAAAAGCAAAUAUGUUCCUUUUGACUCCGCUGAAUUUGUAGGGCAGAUUUAGUUUGACUGUAAGCGACUAGUCAGACUCAGUAUUUAGAUGUGGUCUUAAUCGUGUCAUGUAGGAAGUCGCAGGGAAUGUAAAAAUAGCCUGAAGUGGGCCAUUCAGCAUCAUAGCUAUAUCUUGGGCUUGUGAAGGUGAAUGUAUCAGUUUGUCUUUUUCUCAUCGACAGAAACUCUGAACGGAGCUUCAGGCUACGACAUGUAUUUGUUUGCUUUUUUUAGUCUGUCUCUGAAGGUUCUCGUGUCUUUGGAGUCGAACGUGAUCCUCUGUUUUCCUUUAAAUGGUUCGCGGCUGUUUACAUCGAACUUUCUUGGCUGUGAAACUGUGAGCCUGCUGCUCAGGAUAAAACCAGCCGGAUCCUGUAGUUAUGUUUGGCAGAGUCUAUCUUUAGAAAGGUCCAGCCAUCUUGGAUGGUUUUAACGACGUGAGGUCAGUUACCUGAUAGUAGAGUUAUGUCACUCUUGGUCUCAUGACAGAGUAAGGCACCUUCAGUUGUGAGGAUCAAGUAAAGGACACUAUGAGGGUGGCUGAGUGUGGUUUGUUGAUCGGGGUUAGUUAUUGUUGGCCUAACUAAUCUGGUGACUUGUGUGUUUGGAUUUAACAUCGCUGUCUUAACACACAAACUACUAUCAGUCAGAGACGUGUAUUGAACCAUUCAUACAUAUCACAGAAUCUUAUGUUCAAAGAAUCAGAAUAACACCUCCAAAUCGAUCUCUCAAACUGUGGUAUCAUGUUUGUAUCAUUGCUCACAGAGUGUUUUAAAAUUUUCACUUGUGCUGCAGGCUUUGUUCAUUAAGAAGUAGAACAGAAUUGCAAGAAAGACGUCCUGUCCUGAGAGAUAACAUUACUCGUAUCUCUUGUUCAUGCUGCAAGAUAAGAGCUAUCAGUAACAGUGAUCAAACAAAGGAGUUAAACACGACUUAAAAUGAAAGUUUGGAGAAAAAUCAGGGUGGUGUAAACUCACUAUAACAACAACAGAAGCAAAUUGUUUUUGAGAAAAAUGACUGCUGUGUGACUUUGACUCAGACAGUCAGGGGAAGCUGUAAAUCAUCAGACUGCUUUUAUGGCUGUCUUGUGAUCUUUCUUCUCAUGCGGUCUGCAGUUUAGACAGUUCAUCCAAUCAACACAAAGCAGAGGUGGAUAUGAGAGACUUUAUUGGUUUAAAAUUAGGGCUGGGCAAUAUGAGAAAAAGUUUAUCACGAUAUAUUUUUUUUUACAUCAGUUGAUAUUGAUAUAUAUCUCAUGAUGUAAAAAAUAAAAUUUAACAGUGCUUGUUGGUUGCAUGUCUUUUGCAAUACAAUAAGCUACUGCAUCUGUGAGGUCUUUGUGUCUCUUCGAUGUUUUGUCGUAAGGCGCUGCGCCACAGAAAGCGGACUGAAUGGUCGGCUGCACAGGCUGCACAGGCUCCUUGAUACACUUGGGGUCUGUAACCUUUUGCAUUGCGCGUGCUCUGCCGCGUGGCACAGCUCCAGGUGGUGAAAAAGAUUUGAGGUAUUCCCCGAGUUUGCGAGAACAUGUACUCGACAUAAUUUGCGGUGCACAUUACUCUGCUUCAUACCUGACCUCAAAACGCCAAAAUACCUCCACACCACCAACGUUCUCAUGUCGACGAUGUUGUCAUCUUUUGAGCCUUCAUCUGCAUUUCUGGCUGAGGUAGCGCUCAUUUUCUUUUUUCUCAAAGACAGUGUUGUCGGCUUCACGUUUUAAAGUGCUAUGGUUGCGUGUAGCAGCAGCUUGCUAUUAUGCAGUUGUUUGCUACUUGGUUCUAAGUCAGCACAUGAUUGGUUCAGCACAAAGUGGACCCGGAGCAACUCCAAAACAUGGCAGAAUGCAGACUAUUGAAAAGCAUAUUGACAUAUAUUGAUAUUUAGAAUAAUUAAUUUUCUAUAUAUAUCGUUUUCUCGCCCAGCCCUACUUUAAAUGUAAAGAAGUCUUGUCUAAUGUUACUUCUCUAAUCUUCUCUGUAGGUAUUUGGUUUGUAUAAAGGAAUCGGAUCCCCAAUGAUGGGCCUGACUUUCAUCAAUGCGAUAGUGUUUGGAGUUCAAGGAAACACCAUGAGGCUGCUAGGCCAGGACACCCCCACGAACCAGUUCCUCGCUGGAGCGGCAGCAGGUGCCAUUCAGUGCGUCAUCUGCUGCCCCAUGGAGCUGGCUAAAACCCGCAUGCAAAUGCAGGGAACAGGAGAGAAGAAGUCCACUAGGAAGCUCUACAAGAACUCCCUUGACUGCUUGGCUCGCAUCUACAACCGCGAGGGUCUGUGGGGCGUAAACAGAGGCAUGCUGACCACGCUGAUCCGCGAGACGCCAGGCUUCGGUGUUUAUUUCCUGGCAUAUGACGUGUUGACACGCAGCCUUGGUUGUGAGCCAGAAGACCGCUACAUGAUUCCUAAACUGCUGUUUGCAGGGGGCAUGGCUGGCAUCGCCUCCUGGCUCUCCACCUAUCCUGUAGAUGUGAUCAAAUCACGCCUACAGGCAGACGGGGUGGGCGGAGUAAACCAAUACAGCAGCAUCGCUGACUGUGUGCGGCAGAGCGUCAGGAAAGAGGGCUACAUGGUGUUCACACGCGGCCUCACCUCCACUCUGCUAAGAGCCUUCCCCGUGAACGCUGCAACCUUUGCCACUGUCACCCUUGUCCUCAUGUACGCUCGGGGGGUGGAGGAGGGACCUAAAGACUGCGAGGCAGCUCAGCCGCCUCAUCACGCACAGAUACAACAGCAGGCCCAACCCUCCAGCCUGUGA